AUGGGCAUCGUGAGGCCCUCCAAGGGGCCCUUCGCCACCGGCAAGUCCUCCGUCAUCGACGUCGGCACCGUCGCCAAGAUAAAGACCAGAGAAAUCAAGGCAAGAUCUUUAUAUAUGACAUACAAUCAUAAUGAUCAAGUCCGAGACGAAGAACAUAUCAAGGACAACAAGCUCAAGCUCGAGAAUGGGGAAACCAACUACUACGAUCAUAUCAUCUUUGCCACCGGCUUCCGGAGCACUGCCAAGAACCAGCUUAAGGAUGGCGAAGCACUGAUGGACGAUAAGGGAAUGCUGAAAGAGAAGGCCCCGCGGCUCUGGAAGGGAAAGAACGGCCUCUACUGCGUGGGCUUCGGUCAGGCAGGCUUGGCAGGGAUAGCCCUGGACGCCCAGAACGUGGCCAACGAUAUCAAGAACCAUUACGUAUAA